CCAACCAAACUCUCCCCCGAUGUGGUUUUUGCUAUGAUGCAGAGAGACUCAGAAUCCGUACAAAGUGAGCCGAUGGAUUCUAGAACCCAUUUUAAUUCACUGUCCGAAUUUGUAUAUCAAAUUUCCCAGAAAUUGCUCUGAAACAUUGAACCCGGGCCUUCUUUCCAGCUUCCCCAGCGAUCAAAGCUUUCCCGGUGUAAUGGACCUCGAUAUAUGCCGCUGGAUACUAGAGUUUCUCCUCAUGAGUCCCGUUCCAGAUUCAAUCGUCAAGAAUGUUUGGAAUGCUUUGCCUGUCUCUGGUAUCAGUUCGCGCCUGUGGAAAAUAUUGGCUCUCAGGGCUAUUCAAUCGGAGGUGGAUACGGAAUCUUUUACAGAAAACUCAUUGGAAUGUCUAGAGGUCAUUGAAGAAAUCGACAGGCUUGAUGGCAUUGCAAUCGCAGAAGCAAUGAAGGAGGCAUAUUGUGCGGUUGCCGUGGAGUGCAGUAUCAGGUACCUUGAGUCAUGCCCAGAUAAGAACUCCCGCGGCUUGUUUGACGAUGCUAUUAAUAGGAUUUGGAGGGGCCGAGUUCGGAAAAUGAUUGAGGCGAUGGCGCUGGGAAAGAGGAGUCACUUGUUUACGGCAGAGUUGAUAGAGUGGAAGGACGUCAUAGAGUCUGCACGUUGGGAUGCAGAGGCGUGCGGGAGGUUAAUGAACAUGAAUACCAGACAAAAUGCACUCGAUAAAGCUAGGGUGUAUCUUAAAGAAACUUGGACAUCCAUGGGCCCUUCUUUCCUUGAGUUAGUAGCUAAUUUGUCUAAAGACAAGGGCUUGGAAAAUUCAAGGGGGGAUAAGAUGCGUGACGCAGAGCUUGCUGCUAGUAUACCCAAUGAAGGUUGUAACAAGGGUGUUUCUGAAUCUGUCGUGGUCUCUGAUCAGAUGAAUAUGUGCGAAGGAAGGUUACAUUGUUCAACUAACACGACUGAGGAGGGUUUAGUUGUGUCUGGUGGAAAUGGAUUGGAUAACUCUGCAAUCUGCAUGGAGAAGGCACCAGUGGCAGGUGAGAAUCAAGAUAGUGAGCAAUUGGGGAAUAGAGUUGUGUCUUCUGUUGGCGGAAAUCAGGCAUUGGGUGGGACUGACUUGCCUCAAAGGGCGGAUGGAGCAAUUCAAGAGGGCAACCUGCCACUUGAACAUAAUCGUGCUGCUCCCUCUACACGGAAAGGAGUUAAAAUUAUUGAUGCUGAGAAUGCAGGGCCAGCGACAGCUUGUAGCAAAGAUCAUAAUCCAUCUAAUAUUCAGGUUGAAAAACUUCGGAAAUCUCUCAUGUCAAGUUCUUCGGAGUUGCAAGCAUUGGUGAAGGAUCCUCUUCCUGAUGCAUUACAUAAAUCUGACAUUGUGAGAUCUGAAUUAGCAACAAAGGGUGUGAAUCAUGAGCCUCCUUUUGAAAACCAGAGUACAGUUGUAAAUGUACCAGAGCAAAAUACUUGCAGGAGCUUGGUGCUUUAUCAACCUAUCAAUGAUAUUUUAAAGAAAUUGUCUUCUGCUAAUCGCAGUAAUGUUCGACGUCCCAGCUGGAUGGAACGAAAUAGUACUGCCCAUACUUAUGAGUGUUUCUCUUUUCAGUGGGAUGAUCCAUUUAAUGACUUGCCUGAGGGAAGCUCUAAGAAAAGGAAGAGAAAAGUAAGAUGGAGUUCCGAAGAAGAGGAUGCAUUAAGGGCUGGUGUAAAGAAGUUUGGCAAAGGAAACUGGAAGCCAAUCCUAAGGUUUUACAGUGAGAUAUUUACAAAGACGGGAAGAACAGAAGUUGAUUUGAAGGAUAAAUGGAGAAAUUUGACACGGUGGUCAUAGGAGGAGGAAUUAUUUUGCAUGUGCAUAUUUCAUAUAUCUCACGUCUUCAGAAGUAUUUUAAUUUGAAGGAUGAGUGAAGAAACAUGACGCUCUAGUGACAAAGGGAAUUAUUUUGUAUGUACAUACCCCUGGAUAUAUCAGGCUUUGAAUGUGCAGUUUCACUUUUUGGUUGAUUUUCUUGCAGACUAGGUUUAUGGCUAAGCCUUUUUAUUGGCGAAAUCAUGUAGGGCCAGUAAUAUGUAAUCAAGCAUUGAAGUGUAAUUUUUAACUUAUUCACAAAAGAGGUAAUUUUUAAGUUUCUCAAUCAGUGGUGUGCUGCAGGUCGAUUUGCUCUUCGUACCAUUGUUGGAGACAUUCUCAUUAUUCUCGAGCUUAAUUUACGGGAUGACACCUUUGUCUA